AUGGGCAAUGAGAGUUCGAAAAGUGAUACUAGAGGCCGCAUUUUUACCAUUUCUGGCCCACAAGAAGGAUUGCAGAUGAUCCCAACUCCCGAGCGCGAUCUGCAUGGCAUGCCCAUCUGUCAUCGUCAAUUCAACAUCAACCGUACCGCCCUCUUGGCCGCCUUUCAAAAUAUGGCGAGCUAUCUUCGAAAUAAAAAUGCAAAUGUUAUUGGCAUUGCAGUUGGAGGAGCAGUCAACACGAUCCACCUACAGAAUCGAGAGGUUACUCAAGAUGUCGAUUUCUUCGGUGGUAAUGAGCAAAGCCGCCUUCUCAAAGAUGCGUCAAAAUAUGCUCAGCAAGAAAGUAAGAUUCAACUAGGCGCAAAUUGGCUAACCAAUGCGACCACUCUUUUUAUUCCCUUAGAAUUACAGACUCGACUUAUCCAAGCGGCCAUACAGCAGAAUGUGGCAGUAUUUCGAGAGGAAGGGCUCACAGUCUUCGCUGCACCCUGGGAUUACGCUUUGUGUGGAAGGAAAGAUAGAUAG